AUGGCCUCGUAUGACACAUGGAUAUGGCAUGCCUUUUUUGGAGCCACUGGAUCCAACAAUGAUAUCAACAUUUUAGCUCGUUCUCCAUUGUUCAAUGAUAUGGUACAUGGAGUGGCUCAUCACAUUGAAUAUAUUGUCAAUGGAAAUCAAUACCAUUUGGGCUACUAUUUGGCAGAUGGGAUCUACCCCCGUUGGGCUACUUUGGUGAAUACCAUAUAUUCUCCUGAUAACCCAAAAAAGAGGCUUUUUGCACAAAUGCAAGAAGCGUACAUGAAGGAUGUUGAAAGAGCAUUUGGAAUACUACAGGCUCGAUCGGCUAUUGUUUUGGGCCCUACACAUAUGUGGUGCAAGGAUAACCUCCACUCAAUCAUGAUGACGUGUAUAAUUUUACACAACAUGAUUGUGGAGGAUGAAAACGAAUAUGUUGAAGAGGAAUCUAAUGAUGAGGAUAUGUGUUUACAAUGA